UCACAAUCAGUUGUCUGACUGGUGGGUUCCUUAGGUUUUAUUUCAAUAAGGAUCAUCACAGGAUAGGGUAAUGUGAUUAAGGCUAGUCUUUUGAAUGCAAAGUUUCUCCUUUCUUCGCCCCCCAGGUAGCCAAUUCCAGACAUAGAUCUGUCUUUGUCUGAAAGUUCAACUCUUGCAAAGAUGAGCCUGAUUAUGCAAACACAUGCCUUGAGAAGUCUGCUGAAGGGAGGAGAGAGAGGGGAGGCAUACUGAAGAAAGAGUGACACUGGACAGUGUGAGAGGUGCAGAGGAAGGGGUGAGGCAUAUAAGCUAACCACAAACGAGAUGACAAAGCAAAUUAGUCUUAUCCAGACCUAUGCUAUACAGACUGGACCACUGAAAAGGGAUUGCCAUAAGAAGAUGAUUUCAGAAAGCUUGUGAUGGCCCCCUCCCAUCUUCUUGCUGCAUCAUUCUUGACUGCAGAGGAACACAUGCUACAUUGUCAUCAAGAGUACUCUCCACCACUUUUGGAAAAUUUAACUUGCCUUAUGUGGAGGAAUUUCUUUUAGCUGCCUAAAGUAACUGGACACAUGGGAAGAACUGAAUUGUCUUUGUUUCAUGGUUAAUGUUUGUUGAAAGGGUCACAGCUGAUUUACCCAGCGGCGGAAGUUGGAUGUUUUCCCAGAGAGUUCAUAGAAUAACUUAAAUAUAGGCAUGACUGGAACAUUCAGGUCAGUCAUGGUUAGCCUCACCUCUCAAGAUGCAACAUGCCCUCGUCAGGGCCCUUGAAUUGACUGAAACAGAAAAUUGGCCAAGGUAAGUUCUGAGGAUGACUAUGUCCUCUCCUGCGGGACCAGAAGGCACCACUCUGGCUCAGCCCAUCCCUAUCCCCACGCUGACUAUCCUGCCACCGUCUUCAGACACAGAGUCCUGGUCUUGCUCCCCCAGCCCCAGACAGUCCCGGUUUAGCCACCACAAUCGACCCCACCGCAGCAGGACCCGAGCCAAGAAAAAGAAUAAGGAAGAAAUAGGCGGCUCUCCUACGCAGCAAUGGGACGAAACACCGCGGAUUGUGAUACAGGAGGCUGAGGAGAGGAAGAACGCUCAACAGCGGAGCCCAUCGCCUUCCCCCUCUCUGGCAAGUCAGACAGAGGGGGAAGAGCCUGGCCAGGACAGCCCUUCGCAGGACCUCCUCUUGCCUCCGUCUUCCUCCUGGUCGCGUAGUUCUUCCCCCAGCCGGCGUUCCCGCUGGUCCCUCAGGAGCCUGCUCAGCAGAGACUCCGAUGGGGACAACUGCAGUACGGCCAGUAACUCUCCACGCAGCACCCCUGGCAGCUCUCCUUCCCUGCGGCGCAGGGUCCUGGGGGGAGGCAGGGCCAGUGAGGGUGAGGGAGCGGGGGAGAAAAGCAGUGGAGGAGGAGGAGGUUCAGAUAGCCCACUGCCCUCCAUACCCUCCGCCUCCUCCCUCACCUCCGCCUACCCACUUGCCUCUCGACACUUCAGUCGCAAUGCCAAGAAAAUGCAGAGCUGGUACAAUGUUCUCAGUCCUACGUACAAACAGCGGAACGAGGAUUUCCGUAAACUCUUCAAGAAACUGCCUGAUACAGAGAGACUUAUAGUGGACUACUCCUGUGCUCUGCAGAAGGACAUCCUGCUGCAGGGCCGCCUCUAUCUGUCAGAGAACUGGCUUUGCUUCUACAGCAACAUCUUCCGCUGGGAGACCACUAUCACCAUCCUGCUGAAAGACGUGACCACUUUGACCAAGGAGAAGACCGCCAAGCUCAUCCCCAAUGCCAUCCAGAUCAGCACUGACCAUGACAAGCACUUCUUCACAUCUUUUGGAGCGAGGGAUCGCAGCUACAUGAUGAUUUUUCGUCUGUGGCAGAAUGCGCUGAUGGACAAGCCUCUGUCCCCCAAGGAGCUGUGGCACAUUGUGCACCAGUGCUACGGCUCUGAACUGGGCCUCACUAGUGAAGACGACGACUACGUUUCCCCCACUGCCGAACACAUGAACGGCCUGCUGCCAGGGGACGAGUCAGUGUCCGUCUCAGAUCUGUUGGACCUGAGCUCAGUGUCGGUUCCCUCCACGGGCAGCUCCCCUCCGUCCCUGGUUCCCUGCGGCCCAGCCAAUCCUCACUCAGCCACCAGCCUCGGGGGUUCCUCUCCCACAUCCACCGCCUCCUGUCAGCCCAUGGAGGUUCCCUCCUCGUCUGGCCGUAGGCUCAGCUCCGACCCGCCUGAGCUCAGCCCGCCCAGCUCCCACAGCUCGCUGCCGUCCACCACCCACACCAACGCCUCUGCCCCGGCCUCUGCCACCACCUCCUUUAAUCUGGAAGAAGGCGGGGACAGCCUCUCCGAGUCAGCCAAUCACAUGCUGCCUCCUCAGACCACCAGCCUGGGAAACCUCUCCUCAUUGGACAUCACCAACGAUGAGGAACUGCCCACAGACCCAAGCAAUUCCUCUGACACGCAGGAAGAGAGCGAAGUUGAGUCAUUCUGUGCUGACCUGAGCGGGCGGCUGCACAUCAACGUGGUGGUUCGCAUGAGCGUGGACAAGCUGCACGACUUGCUGUUCUCUGCCGACACACACUUCAUCCAGCACCUCUUCUCCCAGAGACACUUCACUGACCUGUCGGUGGGCGAGUGGCAGCAGGACAACAGCAAUGGGAAUACCAGCCGUGUGCUGAGCUACACCAUCGCCAUCAACAACCCUCUCGGCCCCAAGACCGCCCCCGUGGUGGAGACGCAGACUCUGUACAAAAGCAGCGCGCGAGGUGAGUGCUACGUGGUGGACUCAGAGGUCAUCACCUCAGGCAUCCCCUACCAGGACUACUUCUACACCGUCCACAGAUAUUGCCUCACCUCCAUCAACAAGCACAAGAGCCGGCUGAGAGUUUCCUCGGACAUCUGCUACAGGAAGCAGCCGUGGAGCCUGGUGAAAGCCCUGAUUGAAAAGAACACCUGGAGCGGCAUAGAGGAGUAUUACAGGCACAUGGAGAGUGAGGUGUGCAAGCUGGAGACGCUGCUUCAGUCGGAGGUUUCCGUUGUAACCACAGGCGAGGCGGUGGGAGCCGACGCUGCCAAGACCCCGCCGUCCCUGCGCCGGCGGAAACGCACCUGCUCCCGACGGCAGGGGGAGAGAGAGAGGGAGGGAGGAGUCGUGGGCACCGGGGACCGAGGAGACAGAGGAAUCGGAGAAGAGAGGGACAGAAGAGAAGCCGGUGGUCAGUAUAUGAAGCUGGGAGAGCGUUCACGUGGCGGAGGACACAACAGUAUAUCCACCAUCCUCCUCAUAGUCAGCUUCAUGAUCUGUAUCAGUCUGGUGGUGCUGGUGGCUCUCAACAUGCUGCUGUUCUACAAGCUGUACGCUCUGGAAAGAGCGGCUCAUACACUGGAGACAUGGCACUCCUACUCAGUCGCUGACAGUCCCCUGCCUCAGACAGCAGGAGAGUGGGCUCAGGUCCUGCAGCUCCAGCGGCAGUUCCACCAGGCUCAGCUCAGCAAGUGGCAGCAGAUCCUUCAGUCCUCUGUCACACUGCUCGACCAGAUGAAGCAGUCUUUAGAAAAGCUCCAUCGGGGCAUUGUGCUUCCUGAGGUGCAGCAGGACCCUCCCGCCGACCCCGUCACAGAGUCCCUAACUGAACCCUGAGCCCCCGUCCCGCACACCCACCUUUGGUCAGCACCCUCACAGCCUCCCCUUGUCUAUGAAGAGAUCCUGUUGGGACGGCUGUGUUGUGUGUGUCUGUGUGUAUGCGUGUGUCACAUGGUCUGCUCCUUAAAAACGGGGAGUGGGACGUGCAGGAACGUUGUUUUCCCAUAACUCUCCCAGCCUGAGAGACUUGAAAUGGUGAACUCAACCCCCAGCCUCAACAGAAACAACUCUCAGCAACUUUUUUGGCGACAUUCAGACUGGAAGCUUUCAGGACCACAGCAAUAACGUAACCACAGUGGUGAGCCAAUCUGUACUGUACAGAAUCAAGCCUGUUUGGACCAUCCACUUUGCUGAAGCCGCUGUCCUGCUGCCUGCGAGUGAGCUCACCCCCACUGAGAGGACCCAAGAGACAUUUCAACACAGCCAGCAGCAUUUCAGAAGACUUGAACUCCCUUCAUUUCAAAACCCUCUAUCACAAUGCAUUUCACAGGCCUCAGCCGACAGACGAUCCUUUUUGACCUACAACGUCCAGCGGGGAAGGUGAUUCUGGAAAGCGGGAGGUGCUCCUAGUUCUGGUAACAGUCGACACCUUCGCCUCAGUUUGAUGCCUGCUGGUGCAAAGGGGUGGAGGCGGGCCACCUCUCUCUGCAGGAAGUUUGUUCAGGACACCGCCGGCUGUGUGAACGGGAGGAACGGACACACGGACGGAGACGAAACGGGAGAGUGCUGACAGCAGCAGGAGGCGCUCAGUAAUCCCCGUCUUGUCCUCCUUUCCUCUCGUUCUUUCCUUUGGGGAUUUACUAUUCUGUCUUAGACUCGAUCCCAGCUAAACGCUGCAGCCGUCCUCUGCCUGUGUGAAGGGGGAACAUUUCAACACCAAGACACUUUUUUUCCCUUAGUAUUUUUAGAUUUGACUUCUACAUCUAAAAAAAAAAAAAAAACUGACACAGACACACUCCUCCCCACCCCUUGGGGGUUUUAUCUUUUCAGAGUCAGCGUGACUGGGACAUUUGUUAAGACUCCAAACUGCGUGUGACUGUUGCCUUGGACCGUUGCAGUAUUUAUUACCAGUGACUUUGGUUUUCCAAAAAAAUAAGUCCUGUCCUGCUCUGAAGAAGUCGUUUUGUGGGUGUUUUUGUGCUCUGUUUUGCUGUUCCAGCACGGACCAAGAAGAGCGACACGUGAAUUCUCUGAAUGAUUACUGGUCAUAGCAAUAAAUGACUAUAGUGAUUCUAGUAUUUUUUGAAUGUUUCAGACAAAGUAGUAUAUAAUAAUGAUAAUUAUGAUAAUAAUAAUAAAUUGUGCGUGAAUGUGUGUAGGGGCAGAAAAAAGACAAGCAAAAGAGGGUUCAGAGUUUGAUAUGACAGACGUGUGCGUUCAUUAGGAGUUUGAUGUUACACCUUCAAAUGUUACAUUUCAUAUCAAGAGUUUAUGUUCGAUUCUCUAUCGCAUUCGGUCGCUCACCUUUAUCAUAGAGCCAGACUUGAACUGUUCAGGGUUACUGUAGACUUGACCAGGUAGAAAACGUAGGUGCAAGAACAGCUACUUCAUCGUCCAAACUGGGCUGGACUUUUCAAAAACAAAAACAAACAAAAAAAAAAGAGAAAAAGGACCAAGCGGAACUUUUUAGGCCCAGAUGAAGAAAAGG